UAAGACAAAUCACUCUUGGUAUUUGAUUUAGUUUUUCAAAAUCUACCAAAAAUAGAAUCCACUAAAUGAAAAUCUAUAAUAGAAGCUACUGAGACUUUCCUGGGAAAAAACUCGCAUGACAAACAUGCAGCAAUGAGGCUAGAUAUGACUUGUAGAAAGUAGUUAUCAGAGAUGUACAUUAAUAUACAUUAAAUACCCCUUUUAAUUUCUUUACUUUUGUUGAGCUCUUUGUAUUUACUUGUAGAAAAUCUCUCUGCUCGCUGUCAUAUGCUUUUUCUCUGUGCCGUUCUUUUUCUUGCCAUCUGCCUGAACCCAGGCCCUAGAAAGACAGAAAGAUUACUUUGACUGCAUUAAGAAUGAGCGAGAUGAGCUCAGAGAGGAGUUGGCUGACCUGAAGGAAACAAUGAAGAGAGGAGAGAAACAUGGAUUAGUUAUAAUCCCAGAUGGCACACCAAACGGUGAUGUAAACCAUGAAUCAGUGGUUGGUGCUAUAACAGUUGUAUCACAGGAAGCUGCUCAAGUCUUGGAAUCUGCAGGAGAAGGACCACUAGAUAUCCGGCUACGCAAACUGGCUGGGGAAAAAGAGGAAUUACUGUCACAGGUUAGAAAACUGAAGAUGCAGUUGGAAGAAGAACGACAGAAAUAUUCUAAAAGUGAUGGCAUGAAUCCAGACAUCAUAGGCUUAGAGAAUGGUUCUGACUUGCAACUAAUUGAAAUGCAGAGAGAUGCCAACAGACAAAUUAGUGAAUACAAAUUUAAGCUUUCAAAAGCUGAACAAGAUAUUACUACCUUGGAACAAAAUAUUGCACGACUUGAAGGGCAGGUUACAAGGUAUAAAAAUGCAGCAGAAAAUGCAGAAAAAGUAGAAGAUGAACUCAAAGCUGAAAAGAGGAAGCUUCAGCGAGAGUUAAGAACAGCACUGGAUAAGAUAGAAGAGAUGGAGAUGACCAAUAGCCACUUAAUGAAGAGGCUGGAGAAGAUGAAGGCGAAUAGGACUGCGCUUUUAUCACAACAGUGAAGUGGAAAUUGAAAAUAUGAUGCACUGCUCCUUGAAUAACUAGCCCCUAGCUUGUUUUUAAAUACAGACUUUUAUUGGCACAAAUUAUUUGAACACUGAGCUGUUCACUGGUGUUUUAGUUUCAUAAUUAAAUGGCAUACUUCUUUUUGUAACUUAUGAGAGAAUGAAAUGUAGUUUGAAUUCCCAUGUGAAUGACAGCAAUUUUUCUGUAGCGUUUGAUUCCAGAGUCAGAGCUGGAGCACAAUGCUGUAUGUGCAACUUUGCAAUAGAAAAUGGUUUUACAGCUGUGGAAUCCAGUUUACUCACUGUCUCUUUUGGCUGCUUUAAUGAUGCUUGAUGCUCGGAGACAACUGCAUGAAUUCAAGAAAACACUGUAUUACUGUAUUAUAAACUAACAUAUAUUUGCUCAAGACAUCACACAGCACAAGUGCCUUUUAUCUCGUGCAAUUUAGACUUCAUUGUUGAAAUAACCUUUGAAAUCAGAUAACAUUUUAUUUUAAAAUACAUCUGGGGUAUUCACUAGACUUUAUACAUUUUGAAAAUGCAUUUUUGUAAAAUAUUUAAAUUUAUAAGAAAAGAACAGGGAGUGUAUAUAAAAAUCUGCUUUUUUUGCAUGGGCACAUCUGAGUUCUAGGUAAUUUUGUCAAAUACUAGGCCCUGAUACUCUUAGUAUUAAGAGUAUAGAUUUUAAAACUUUUGUUGUACACCAUCAAAUUAUGUCAUCUGCUUAAGUGUGAAUUGAAAUUUUAGGGUGGGAGGAAGGGGUGGGAAAUGUGGCUAAGGAGUUUAUUAAAUGGACACUUUACUGACCAAAACCAGACAUUCUGUGUUUUCUUUAAAAACAGAGAUAAAUCUGUGCAGA